AAGCUCAGAGUAAUAAUGAUGACAAAUAUGUUUCUUUUCUUCCAGGAUUUACUUUCACAGAUGCACCAUUAUAGUCCUGGGGUUAAACAAAAUGCACUCCUUGGGCUCAAAGAACUCCUGUCUCAGUAUCCGUUUCUAAUUGAUGCACACCUUUCAAAUAUAAUUAGUGAAGUGGCAGCAGUGUUUACAGACAAAGAUUCUGGUGUCAGGGGAGCGGCUGUCCACAUGCUUCAGUUCUUGGCUUCAAAAAUAAGAGCUGAGCAGAUUGCUCCGUUUUUUCCUUUGGUAAGUGCCCAUCUCUCCAGUGCCAUGACUCACAUCAGCGAGGGAAUUCAGGAGGAUUCACUGAAAGUCCUGGACGUUUUAUUGGAAGCGUACCCAGCUCUUCUUACAGACCGCAGUAGUAUAUUACUGAAGAAUUUUGUAGAGCUUAUUUCUCACCAGCAACUGUCAAAAAGACUGAAAAGCAAAGAGAAACUUUCCUGGAUGCUGUCUGUUAACCCAAACCGCAGAGUAACAUCUCAGCAGUGGAGGUUAAAUGUACUUAUGAGGCUCAAGAAGUUCCUCCAGGCAGUGGUUGAUGGAUCCAAUGAAACAGAAGAUGAGGGGCUUCAAGAACAAAGGGACAGCCCUCAUUCUGUGAGGAGCCCGAUAUUUAUAAGCUGGAAGGUCCAUGCAAAUAAUCAACAACACAUACAUCUGUAUGAAAAUGGUGGCUUACGACCAAAGAUGAACUCAUCGUUUAGAUUGAGGUCUCUGGCAAGUGUAAUGGACAGUGCAGAAAAAGGCCUGUCCUCGGCUGAAAAUUUAAAAGGUUUUAUUGAGAUAAUAAUUCCAUUACUGAUUGAGUGCUGGAUUGAAGCAUCUCCUGCACAAUCAGCUCCCAUUCUCGGAAAUCUUUUGGAAUCAGAUUGUCAGCAACUUAUGCAGCAAGUGCUUAGUAUAAUACAUUUGUUGUGGAAGCUCACAAAGCGGCUCGAUGAAACAUACAAAAUGGAAGUAUGGCUUCGAAUGAAUUACCUUGUUGAUUUCAAGCACCACUUCAUGCGUAAUUUUCCUUAUUCUUUACAAGAAACAGUAAAACACAAGAAGAAAGAUUCAUGCAAAGGCAACAAGUAUUGUACGACAUCGUCAAACAAUGUAGACCAUCUUUUGCUGAACUUAACCUUGUGUGACAUAAUGGUUUCACUGGCGAGUGCUUCAACGCUUCAGGCGGAUUCUGGUUGGCUGGACAUGAUAAGGAAAUUUGUGACUGAUACUCUCCAGGAUGGCAGCAAGCUGAAUAGCAAGCAGGUGAAUAGAUUGCUGGGUGUGACGUGGAGACUAAUGCAAAUACAGCAGAACAAAGUGGCUACAGAACCCUUGAUUAAAGCAGUAUAUACACUAUACCAGCAAAGGAAUCUGCUCUUUCCUGUUCGCACGUUGCUUUUAAAAUUUUUCAGCAGAGUUUACCAAAAAGAAGAUUCGAAGACUCAAAGAAUCAGAAGUCGAAGUAAAGUUUUAUCUCGCUGGUUGGCUGGCUUGCCUCAGCAGCUUGCUCUGCUUGGCCUGAGAAACCCCGAGCUUUCAAAUCAGCUGAUCGAUAUCAUCCAUUCUGCUGCUUCUCGUUCGAACAAGGAACUACUGCAAAGUUUACAAGCCACUGCUGUUCAAAUAUAUGACCCACUAGAUGGCACUCUGGUUCUUCUCCCAGCCGAGGCCCAGCGGCGGCUGGUGCAGCUGGUGUACUUCCUCCCCUGCCUGCCCGCCAGCCUGCUGGCCUGCUUGAGUCGCUGCUGUAUCAUGGGAAGAAUGUCCUCCGAGCUCGCUGCUACUCUCAUUGGGAUACUGCGCAUGAGAUCGUCCUUUGCAGGCUGGAAGUGCCAAGUGCAGGAUAAUGCAGUGAAUGAUGUGGACUAUUUCAGCUUCUUGUUUUCAACCCUUAUAGGGUUUUCAAGAGAGGAGUUGACUAGUCUCCAGGGCAUUAGAGGAAAACCACACAUUAGCCAGACACAGCUUUCACCUGUCCGUCUUUACCUAACAGAUCUGGACCAGUUUUUACACCACUGGGCUGUGACAGAGGUAAUACAUCGACACUAAUUCUAAAUGACAGCA